UUGCUUGGGGAUAUUGAAAGAUCAUGACCUCCUCUCAAAAGAAGAUCUCCCCAUGCCCCAUUCCCACCCUGCUUCACCCGAUACAUUCCAAACAAAACCUUCCCCCCCUUCCCUCUCUCUUUCAAUUUUUCUCAGGACCCUACCCUAAUUGCCUCCUCACCUACUCUUAAUGGGGUGAAUCAAUCGCCUCAGGACAAGUGUCUGCACUGAGAUUGAAACACGUGUCCUAAGCACCCUUGGGAGGGUCUUGGUUUUGCUUACUUGGAAGUCCCAAUCAUGGCCUAACAUGUGUCACCCAUAAGCCCCCAACCUUGCAAACCCAACUCAAAUUAUUGAACUUGGUGUAGGAGGAGGAGAUAGGGGCCCUGAAUGAUGAAACCAAAAGGCAAGUACAGAGUGAGGUGCAAUUAUUCAUGCCAUGAAUUUCAUCCUAAGCAAGUGAGAAAUUCCCCACAAAGGCAGAAAAAUUUUUAAAAAAAGAAAGGAAGGCCAGGGAAAAAGCUAUGAUAAAAACAUCAUUUGUUGCAACAUUUUUAGUUGAUUGAUGCCCACUCUCUAGCUCCCAUAGCUCUGAUGGAGAGAUAGGGGUAAAGGAGAAAAAAAAGGCAAAGAAAAGAAAAGAGGCUUCUCUCUCUCUUUUAUCCUCAUUCAUGUAUCUUCUCUUUCCUUCCCCACUUGUUUCUUCUUCAGCUCCAAUCUCCUCUUCUCCUCCUCCUCUCUCUCUAUGAGAGUUGCAGAGAGAGAAGGAGCCAUGAAGAACACCAUCAGGUGCUGCAUCUCUUGCAUUCUUCCAUGCGGCGCCCUCGACGUUGUUCGCAUAGUACACUCCAAUGGCCAUGUUGAAGAAAUCAGUGGCACCAUUACAGCCAGCGAGAUCAUGAAAGCCCAUCCGAAGCACGUAUUGAAGAAACCCUCCUCCUCAUCCGAAGAAGGGGUUGUUCCAAAGAUAGUGGUGGUGCCUCCCGACGCAGAACUCCAACGUGGGAAGAUCUAUUUUCUCAUGCCCAUCCCCCCACCACCCGAAAAGACUCGAUCGAGAUCGUCGACACGGAAGAAGAGAAGAGAUUCCGAAAGCAACAACACCAACACCCACCACCACCACAGCAACACCGCCAACAACACCAUAUCAAUGACAAACCUUCUCAUUUCUGAUCGGUACUUGAGUGAAAUCCUUUCGGAGAAGAUAUCAACACAGAGGGAUCGAAGGCGGGGGCGUGUGGGUGUGUGGAGGCCUCAUUUAGAAAGCAUCUCCGAGACACCAAGUGAUCUGUGACAUAUGUGGUGAUUUAUGAUUCUUCUUCUUCAUCAUCUUCUUCUUCUCCUCCUCCUCCUCCUCCUCCUCCUCCUCCUCCUCCUCAUGAUUCAUUCUCAUAUUUUAAAAGAAAAGAUUACCCACCUCUUCUUCCUCUUUUUUUUUUCCCUUUCUUCCCUUCUCUUUUGUACAUAAGCAUAGAAGAAUAAUAUGCAAAAGUCCUACGAGGGCUUGAAUAUUAUAUAUGUUGAAUGCCCACGAACAGUUCCUGUAGGGUCUCAGCACCGGAGCCGGCCAUAAUUUGCGUCACAGUCACCAGAAUUGGGAUUGCCUUUUUGAGCUUCAUUCAAGUUCGCUUAAGUGCAUAUAUUUAUUUAUGGGGACUGUAAUUUUGUAAUGUGAAGAGAGAAGAAAGAUUUAUUGGAAGUUUUUGUUUUGUUCUGUGAGAGGAAGAAGAAGAAGAAGAAGAAGAAGACGAAGAAUGUUAUCGAGAGAGAGAGAGAAAGAGAGAUCCAAGUUGUUAGUGUUUGUGUUUGGCAGGUAUGUGUGAAUAAUAUUGAAAGGUGAUUUUGCUGCGA